GGGGCCUACCUCCACUCCGUCACUCGUUAUUUGUGUACUCAUCCUUCAUUCAACUCGAUAUCCUGCAGGAGAAAUGGGAUCUACAGAAAAUAAAGCCUGGUUACAAGCAACUGAUUGACAGUCGCACUCAGGUGCUAGGCACCUGGGACGAUCAUGACUACGGCCAGAAUGAUGGGGGACACGAAUACUCUAAUAAGUCUACCAGCCAAACCCAGUUUCUCAAUUUCCUCGAUGAACCAGAGGACAGUGUGAGGUGGCAGCGCGAGGGUGUAUAUGCAUCGUAUGCGUAUGGGACGGUGACAGGCGCGUGCUCGUGAUUCUUCUGGAUGUGCGAUACCAUUUCAUCCGUGGUAUAGACACU